GGUCGAAUACACCAAGCCAUGGUAACGUCCCUAAAUGAGGACAGUGAGAGUAUUACAGUAGAAUGGAUUGAAAAUGGAGACACAAAAGGAAAGGAGAUUGACUUGGAUAGCAUAUUUGCACUUAACCCUGAUCUGGCCCCAGAUGAAGAGAUUGAUCCUGGUCCUGAGUUACCGCCUCCACCUACGCCUACAACAAAAGUUAACAAAAUUGUCAAGAAUCGACGUACUGUAGUUCCAGUUAACAAGGAAACUCCUGCAAGAGACAAUAGAGCAAUCGGUUCAGCCCGGUCACGGCCAAGCCAGCCAGUAGAACCACCAGCCUCCGCACAGCAGAAUGGUAGUGUUUCAGAUAUAUCUCCAGAUCAACCUGGAAAAAAGGACUUUGGCCCUCCUUCAAGGAGAAAAUCCAAUUGUGUGAAAGAAGUGGAGAAGUUGCAGGAGAAGAGAGAGAGAAGAGACGAUUGCAGCAGCAAGAACUCCGAGAGAAGAGGGCUCUGGAUGUUGAUGCCACAAAUCCAAAUUAUGAAAUAAUGUGUAUGAUAAAAGAUUUUAGAGGAAGUUUGGAUUACCGGCCUUUAACUACAUCAGAUCCUAUUGAUGAGCAUCGGAUAUGUGUUUGUGUAAGGAAACGUCCGCUAAAUAAGAAAGAGAACACAGUGAAAGACCUAGAUGUCAUUACAAUUCCUAGUAAAGAUGUAGUAAUGGUACAUGAGCCCAAACAGAAGGUGGAUCUCACUAGAUUUUUAGAAAACCAAACUUUUCGUUUUGACUAUGCCUUUGAUGAAACUGCACCAAAUGAAAUGGUCUACAGGUUUACUGCAAGACCUCUGGUAGAAACCAUAUUUGAAAGGGGAAUGGCCACUUGCUUUGCGUAUGGGCAAACUGGAAGCGGUAAAACCCAUACAAUGGGUGGCGAUUUUUCUGGAAAGAAUCAAGACUGUUCAAAAGGAAUAUAUGCACUUGCAGCGCGAGAUGUAUUCCAAAUGCUGAAGAAACCAAAUUAUAAAAAACUAGAACUUCAAGUAUACGCUACAUUUUUUGAAAUCUACAGUGGUAAGGUCUUCGAUUUGUUGAAUCGGAAAACCAAAUUGCGAGUUUUAGAGGAUGGCAAGCAGCAAGUGCAGGUCGUUGGGCUGCAGGAACGGGAAGUGAAAUGUGUGGAAGAUGUUCUGAAGCUGAUUGAGAUCGGUAACAGCUGCAGAACGUCUGGUCAAACCUCAGCCAAUGCACACUCUUCUCGAAGUCACGCCGUGUUCCAGAUAAUCUUACGAAAGAAAGGAAAGCUUCACGGUAAAUUCUCUCUAAUUGAUUUGGCUGGAAACGAGAGGGGAGCAGAUACAUCGAGCGCAGACCGACAAACGCGACUUGAAGGGGCAGAAAUAAACAAAAGUUUAUUAGCUCUAAAGGAGUGCAUCCGUGCCCUAGGGAGGAAUAAGCCACAUACCCCAUUUAGAGCCAGUAAAUUGACCCAAGUUCUUCGGGACUCUUUUAUCGGUGAAAACUCUCGCACAUGCAUGAUCGCUACUAUUUCUCCUGGUAUGGCAUCCUGUGAAAAUACUUUGAACACUUUAAGAUACGCAAACAGAGUAAAGGAAUUUGGGAUUAGUCCGUCGGAUAUUCCAUUCUCUCAGGGUAGCGGAAGUCGCUCUGAUCUCUCUCCUUCGUAUGAGUAUGACGACUUCUCUCCUACGCUCACCAGAGUGAAAGAGCUGACUGUUGAUCCAAAUUCUGCUGGGGAGCUGCGCCCCAUGUUACAUCACGCCCCGAAUCAGCUGGAUGACCUGGAGUCACUGUGGGGAGUAGGCAGCUCGCCUCAGAGGGAUGACCUCAAACUUCUUUGUGAACAAAACGAAGAAGAGGUGUCCCCGCAGCUCUUCACGUUUCAUGAAGCUGUGUCACAGAUGGUGGAGAUGGAAGAGCAGGUAGUAGAAGAUCACAGAGCGGUGUUUCAGGAGUCCAUCCGGUGGCUGGAAGAUGAGAAGGUUCUGUUAGAGAUGACAGAGGAGGUAGAUUAUGAUGUGGAUUCAUACGCUACACAGCUGGAAGCAAUCCUUGAGCAAAAGAUUGACAUUCUGACUGAGUUAAGAGAUAAAGUGAAGUCAUUCCGAGCUGCUUUACAAGAAGAGGAGCAGGCCAGCAAACAAAUAAACCCCAAGAGGCCCCGAGCCCUUUAA